AAAUAUAUGACGGUUUUUUCCACUUAUAAGUUAUAACGUGCCCAAGGACAAUUUGUGGCUGGGUAAGAAUAUUUACAAGAUUUUCAAAAUUUAUUAAAAAUAAAAAGGAUCUUUCAACAAAGUGUAUGAGAGAAAAAGAAAAAGGAAAAAAAAAUAUCUUUUUGUAUUCUUAUAUCCUAUUGGCUUAACCCAAGCAAGCAAACAAAAUGGAAAAAAAGGAUAAGGGGCAUCUUCUUCCAUCAGAAAAGGAGUGUGUUCUUAUUAACCAUGGCUUUAAGACCAAUCUUCACCUGCAACCUAAAACCCCAUGACAGUACUCCCUCCCCUGAAAUGCCUCCAAGGCUCAUCCAACCCAGAAGAAGAGAAUCAGUUCUGAUGGCAACAGUGGCCUCCAUUCUGUUGGCCAAGGAGACAACGUUCCAUACACAAACAGCACAUGGAUUUGAGUUGAAAAUGGCGGCACCAGAACAGACGCUUGAAGAGGCAGAGAGUGGAGUCAGAGAACAUGCUCAAGCAUUACUAGAGGUGAAGGAUUUGAUAGAGGCAGAGUCGUGGAGGGAGGCGCAGAAAGCACUGAGGAAAAGAUCCUCAUUCUUGAAACAAGACAUCUACACUAUAAUCCAAGCCAAACCUGGAAAUCAGAGACCACAGCUCAGGAAGCUUUAUUCAGACCUUUUUAACAAUGUUUCCAGAGUAAAAUCAAAGCUUUAUGUUUAGAUAUUGUUCUUCAAAAUUGCUGCUUUAUCUUCUGUAUGUGUUUGAGGAAUUUUUCAUGCUGCAGCUGGAUUACGCAGCCAGGGAUGAAGAUGCAUCUGGAGUUUGGCAGUGUUAUGAGAACAUUGUCUUGGCCCUCAAUGAUAUUUUAUCCAGAAUUUGAUCAUCUACACAAACGCAGCUGCAGCUUCAGUGCCGACAGUUUAGCUCAGUUAGACAGCUUACAUUCUGCUGCAGGCCUCAAUUCUAUGUCAUAUUGAGACCAUUUUCUGUGUAGUUAGAAAUUGUCUGCAUCAAACAGCUAAACAAAGGAACUCUUACAUGAUCUGUAAUUUUCAGAAAUACCAUUUCAAAAUGAAAAGAAGCUUCUUUU